AUGCUCUCCGCCCCCGCGUUCUCCGCGCCGGCGCUCCUCCGCGCGCUGGCGCUCGCGCCGAGAGUCACGGCGCUUUCUCUGGAGGCGAGCGCCGUCGAUUUCUACGACGACGAGUUCCUGUCUCGCCUGCUCUCCGCGCGCCCUCACCUCGCCCGCCUCAGCAUCGCCCCUCCCCGCUUCACCGGAACGCCCCACUUUCGAAUCGGCACGAAAGCUGUCGAUAAUUUCUUCCGCCUCGCCUCGUCGCGCCUGCAAGAGCUCUCGCUGCGCGAGUGUCUCGGCCACACGUCGAAGCUCCCUGCUUCCGUCGCGUCGCUGUCGUCGCUGCGCGUGUUCCGCCUUUUCUCCAAGGUUCUCCGCUCUCUGCCCGACGAGAUGUGCCAGCUGUCUGCCCUGCAAGAAAUUUACCUAAACUGCCCGUUGCUGCGGCAGCUGCCCAAAACUUUCGGCCGGCUAACGAGGCUGGAGCACCUUUCGUUUACUGGCUGCUCGGAAAUGCGGCGUCUGCCGGAUUCGCUCGGCGAUCUCUCCUCGCUCACCUCUCUCCACGUCGACGGCUCGUGGCAGGUCGAUCGCUUCCCGCCUCGCGUCGGCGCGCUGCAGCAGAUGCGACGACUGGAGCUGCGAAACUUCACCGGCGCGUUACCAGACGCAUGCGAAAAAUGGGAGAAACUCGAGCAAAUCACUCUGGUUUCCUGCGCCGACAUGCGCGCUUUCCAGCUCGCGUCCGUGCACUCCCUCACGCGUCUCACCAUCAGCGCCUGCUUGAAUGUCGAGUCGCUACCACCCAACCUGCCCUUCGCGUCGGCAUUGCGCCAUCUGAAGAUAAACUAUCUCAACUCCGAAAUACCCCUCGAGCCGCUAAGCCAGCUCGUAUCUCUGGAGCGGCUCGCGGUCUCAGCCGUUGACCGCUCGGAGCGCUUUCCCGAGGCGCUCUUCGCGCUGCCGUCGCUGGCGUACGUGAGUUUGAGGUACGUGUCGUGGCUGGAAGAAGCUGGCGACGUGGCGGCUGUGGCGAACCCAAGGGAGCCCGCACGAAAUCAUCCCGCCGAGCACUCGGCGCUGGGCCCGUCCCUGACGCAUCUCAGCAUCUGCACGAACAACUUGUUGUACGGCGCGCGAGAUCGCAGGCUCUCCGCGCGUCUGUGCUCGCUGCUCUCCCUCACGCACCUCUCCAUCGACUGCCUCUCCUCCUGUUCCCUCCUCCCCUCCGACCUAGGCCAUCUCACCAACCUGCGCUCGCUCUCCCUCUGCGGCACCUGCCUCUACCUCCCGCAUUCCCUCUCCCGCCUCGCCCCAUGCCUGCAAUCCCUGAAGCUGGACUACAGCGGGCACAGCAGCCCGGAUACCUUACACCGCGUGUCCCCUUCCUUCCUCACGGACCUCACCUCUCUCACAGACCUCCGCCUCCACAACAUACACCUUCCCUCCUCCCUGCCUGCCUUUGCCUCCCUCCGCACGCUACACAUAGACUACGACAGACGUUUCUCCAGCGACGCGUCGCUUCCGCAAGAUCUGGGCCAGCUGGCAGCCUUGGAGUGGCUGGAGCUGAGAGGCUGCUCCUUGCAAGAUGGGCUUCCGCGGUCCUUCUGUGCCUUAAGCUCCCUGCGCCGCCUGUUCCUCAGUAGUGAAACCCUGAAGCACCUCCCCGGGGCGAUUUCUCAGCUGUCGCGCCUGGAAGAGCUCACUUUGGACUGGUGCUACAGGCUGGCGUCCCUACCCCCGGGGUUUGGACGUUUGGGGGCACUGAAAAAGCUGCGUAUUCACAGUGGGGGAAGUGUUCAUCUGCCCGACACUCUGGGCGACUUAUCCUCGCUUGAGGAGGUCUCCUUGGCAUAUUGCCCUCACACUCUCAGCUUGCCCUCCUCCUUCUGCCUCCUCCCUCGCCUGCUCACGCUUUCGCUCACUAGCUGUGACGAUCUAACCACCCUGCCUGCAAACUUCGGCUCGCUAUGCUCCCUGCAGCGCCUCUCUGUCGACUCGUGCAAAAAGUUCCACCAUCUGCCCGACUCCUUCUCCGCCUUGCCCUCCCUAACCCUCCUCAGCAUUUCGGACUGCCCGGAAUUCUCCUCCCUCCCUGAGACCUUUGGCUUGCUGCUCCGCCUCACCCGCAUCAAAAUUGUCGAAUGUGACUCAUUCACGCACCUCCCCAGCUCCUCCUCCUCCCUGUCUGCGCUCCGAGUGGCCUGCUUCAGCCUUUGCAAGCAGCUGCACUCCCUCCCGCCCACCCUCGGCCUGCUGCCUCGCUUGGAAGUGCUUCAGUUGAGGGAGUGUGAGGCGCUCAAGUCGCUACCGGAGUCGCUCAGGCAGGCGAGGGCGCUGAGGCACGUGGAUGUGUAUGGCAGUGGAGUGUCGGAGAAAGGGGUGGAGGCGGUGGGAUUUUGUGGGAAACAAGUGCAUGUUGUGUGGGGGAGGAUGGGAAAGGCUGAGCACGUGUGGACGAAGGUCCAUGGGAGGAUGUGA